GUGCGCCGUCCAUGCCGGCAAGCGUGUCGCCGCGCGCCCAACCUCCUCUGCUUGCCAGACACACUCACCUACGGACUGCGCCUACAUACUCGCCCUGUCUAUGCUGAAGAUACGAUCCUUAUAACGCGAAGAGAAACUACCUCACCUAGCUCGCUUGACGGACGUCAGAGCAUACUCCGUUCCUUGCCUACACUUCAAUACUACAGAAUCUAGUUAUGCCUCUGACUGUCUUCUCGAUACUGAAGGCACUCUUGCUUGGGAGUCCCGGUCACGGGUUCUGGGCCUUCCUCCUGGUAUGGGUCGUCCGAAUCGUCACACUGUCCUUCGUAUUCCGCACAUAUGCUGGACCUGCUCUCCUCAAACUCGUCUCAAAGCGUCUCCGGGUGCGAAGCGUCAGCUUGCGCUCUAUUCGCGGCAUAUACUUCCGUGCUGGAAGCGGCACCAUCAUCCGUAUUGACCGUGUCGGCAUUUCGUACCACCGCCCGUCCCCGACCACGGCUAGCCGCUUGACUCUCAUCGUCGAGGGUCUGAAGGUUGAGCUCAGCAAAGACCAAGAACCUCAGCUACGCCCGUCUCUCAAGCGUAGGCGUUCUACUCCUGCUACUCGCUUCGGAGACCGCGUGCGUUUGAUAGCAUUGGCGACCUUGCGGUCGACAUGGAACACCUUGGAUCCUCAUGUUCGCCCGUUUAUCCGGACGUCGAUCGUCUCUAUCCUUCGUUUCGUCAUCCGUGCGCUGCCGGCCCUCACCCAAGUAAUUGACUUCGAACUCGAUUCCGCCGUCGUAACGUACGCCGCAAUCCCUGGCGUCGAGCUCGUCCUGAAGCAGGCAAAGGUCAAGACAAAAGUAACCUUAUCUAUAGUGGACAAUGUCGUAAUUCCUGGCGCGCCUUCUGCGCCUGAAUCGCAGCCGUUUCGAGGUCAUAGGCGUUUCGCUAGCGUUGCAGACUGGAAUGCCAGGGUGCAGAAUAGUCUACGCCGUACCUGGGACAGAGCAUGGGGUGCUACGCAAGUGACUGCGUCGUUGUCUCUGCGCCUCAAAGGUAUCUCGGCUACCGCGUCCCCGUUGGCCCUGAAGGACAUGCCGACGGCGCUUACUGCGAGCACAAGCUGCUUCGUAUACGUCCCCGGGACUAAAUACAAAGCAUCAGUUCGUAUCGACCCGCACCGCGAUGUCGAGGCGCACAGUGUUGAGACAAGUCUCCUCGUCGACUCCUUGGACGUACAUACAGACGUCGUUCAAUACCUCCUGAAACGACUGAACGCCGGAAAGAAGGCGAAGACCAACGGUGCUGCUGCAAUCAACAGAUCUAAAAUCCCGCCUCCGCUGACGCCUGUAGCUCCUGCCAGUCCCUCUUCGCCGUUGCUCAGCCCAUCAUGGUCGCAGCUCCGUAGUCCAUCUGCACACCGCCUCUCCUUCUCAGCGCUCUCGCAGCAACAGGACCCCAGUCCCCUUCCUCCCUCAGGACCUUCGGAGACUAACCCGCUGUCGCCCAAUGAGAACAGCCCCCUCACGCCCUCUCCAGCGACAGUUCGCAAGCCUAUGUGGUCUUCUCCCAUGUCUCCUGGUUCGCCAUUGAUGGAAGCAUUAUCAUCCGCAUCACUUAAGUUGGGAUGGGGUGCUAAGCAGAUACCAGUGCGCAGGCUCAACAGUCGAAAUGUCUCGUCUCGUUUGGCGAUUCUCAAAGGCAUCGACGUGACCAUCGCGAAGGUCACCCUGAAGCAUUCUCUGCCUAGGGUAGAAACAGAUGUCGCGCAGACCUUCGAGCUGGGGUUACGUGAUCUACACGUCGGGGCGGGGCUCAGCCAUCCUGACACCACACCGUUGCACCGACAGCACCUUGGCUCGAGGAGUGUCCCUAAUGAUCCCCUCAGCGCAGACGUCUAUCGUCUCACAUUUUCGGCCAACCAAGUGACAGUGGACCGAUCCGGCUCGGGCGCAUUGGUCGAUCACCUUCGUCUUUUGUCCAUCAACUCCAUCUUCUCAGGGGCCGUCGUCUCACAGUGGCCGACGCCCUGGCUGAAGGGCCCGGCGUUCAUGUUGGGGGACCCGAACUCUCAACUACUGGCCGUUGAUAUCGAGCUGGGCAGCGUGGAAGUCACGGAGAGAUUGGAAGUCCUGCGUGCUAUAAUGGCCAAAACGAAGCCGCCGAAGCCGCCGACCGAAACACAGUCCCUCUUGCCUACGGUGCUCUCACCCGUGCCGCGUGUCGCAUUUGGCUUCAAGGUUGGCCCAGUCGUCGCUCGACUCAUUUCGUUCAGCACAGACGAGACGCCUUUUGCGCUGGAAGCACGAACGGACGGCCUGGCGGUCUCUCUGAACUCGCAGUUUGUGUCACUUCCGGACAAGCGCAUGGCGCACGCCUCGCAUGACCGCAUCGGAUUGCAAAUGGACGUCCACCUCGCCUGUCAGUUGCAGCGCACCUUCGUUGGCGUGUGCAUGAGCGCGAGCGGCAGCGAGGAGCAGCCGCCCGAGAGUCUUCUGUCUAUUGACACCAUCCAGGUCACGGCGCACGUGAAUGCCCUGGGCGAUGUCGCGGACGAGGUGCACAAUACGGUCACCAUUGACGUGCCAUCGACAUAUACGGACCUACAAUGCUCUACAGAAGCCAUCUCAAUUGAACUGUGGCAGCCCGACGUCAUCAAGGCCGUUUCCAGGAUUGUGGCGAGCUUCGCGGGCACACCGAAGCCCCCGGCUUCAUCCCCGCGUCCUCGUAUCCUUGACAAUCUUCCCUUCGGCCUCUCCGUCGCCGUCGCCGUUGGACGCUUUGUGUUGUUUGUCACGGCUCCAGACAUCGCACCUACGGAGGACCUAGGGAUCUCGCGCGGGAUCGCCUUGCAUCUGGGUGCUUGCUUCAGCUAUUGCGCCGUACACAGCAGGCAUGCGGAGCGCGUCCAAAACCUUCGUCCACGGAGUCAGACCCGCCUACGGUUGUCACUCCCGACGGAACACGUCAUGAAAGCGGUAGCUGGGAAUAGUCCACCCGUGGCGACUCGAAGCACCCGUGUCCUAGUUGGGGUCUCUUUCUGGGAUGUGGUCGCCAGGGAUGCCGUUGCGACGAAGUUCUCUGCCGAUGACCCCUACUGUCUCGCGGAACAGGACAAGAAUCUGGACACCCGAGAGUUCCUACGCAUCGAGAGCAUCGACGUCGAAGGCAUUCUGACUGGCCUUCGUCCGAACGGUACGUUCCAGCCAGCUCAUGAGGACGAGCUGGUCAUCACGGCCUCCGCAUCCCUGAUACGUGGUACUCUUCGUCUCGCGCAACUCUACAACAUCUUGCUUGCCGUCAAGACGCUGAAGUCUAUCUUACCCUCCAAGCCGAAGAGCAAUCAGCCUGGUCCCGCUCCUUCAUCGAUGCUGGUGACAAUGCAAUGUGACAUCAAGCAAUUGCAGCUUCUCGUGCUGUUCCCUAUGCAGACGAAGUUGUACCUGCGUGCAUCAUACCUGCGCUGCGAUGUCACUUCUAAGUCGACGGUCGCGGUCAAAUGGAGCAGCAUAGUUCUAGCAGUCAACGUGUUUACCAAGCGAGAUGGAGUACAGCGGGAGGAGUGGGAGGAAUUCGCAUGCCUUGCCGACUGGCGCGUGAACUUGCCCCUCAAGGCUCGACCCCUCGUCGUCGAUGUCGAAGCCGAUGGCGCCCGUCUCCGCAUACCUUUUGACUAUGUCCUGGCCGAUCUUAUCCUCGACAUCAACCUGACCAUCAAGAGCGCGAAGCACCUGAUCCGUAUGGUGGCCGCGGGCAAGUAUCAGAGACCGCCCACACCUGAAGCUGAAUCAGCGAAGGUGCUGCCCAAGGUGCACAUCAGAGUACGAUGCCUGACGGUGGAAGCUGCCGACGAGGAGUUCGAGUCCCGGCUUGGGGUAAUUUGGGAAGCGGGGUUCCCAGCAGCCAGGCUUCGGCACGAACGCGACGAGGCCUUCGAGGCGAAGGUAUCGACCAUCACUGUGUCCCAGUCCUCGCAUGCGCUACCACAGGGUCGCGAUGCCGAGUCUGAUUUCCAGUUCAGUGCCAAACACACCGUCUCUGUUCAGGAUGCAUGCCAGCGUCUCUUCCAGGUUCAUUCUGUCGCUUGGAGAUCUGCCUACUCGAAGACCAGGUCGGCUCAGGCAGAGCGUCAACAACAUCGUCUACGCCACGCCCUCGGUGAUCAUGCGGAUGCAGAGGAUAUCGACGACAUUGUACCGGUCAACCCUCGGAAACACUUGCCCCCUCUGUUCCGGUUGACCUUUGACUCCCUAGCAUUGACUCUUGAGUCUCCCGCCUCACUCGUUGAGAACGUGGCCGACUUUCUUCAUGACGCGGGUAGCGGCCUUCCCAAAGACACGCAGUUUUCAUUGUUGGUCCCGCUCCACAUCAGCUUCACCGUGUCUUCCGCACGCUUCGCUUUGCGCGAGUACCCCUUACCCAUGGUCAACAUCCCAGCGAGCAGCACAUCUUCACCGGCCUUGGCAUUCGACAGUGACGUCGUCAUUGCAGAGGAGAUGGGAAGCGAAGGCUCCGUGGAUUGGAUCAAGUCAGUGGUCGUCAAGGCAGACUACGGCGUACAUGGCGCUUCCCCCCUCUCGAUCAGCAUUCCGAAGACAAUCAUGCCUGUGAAAUCAUACGCGCGCCCGACAAUCCGUGUGCUCACCAACGACGUGACCGACUUUGCCUGGGGUCUAAGCUACAGCGCUGCGACACAAGAUCUCAUGCGCAUACUUGAUACUUUGUCGCAUGCAACAAAGGAUCGCUCUCCACCGAUCGGAUUCUGGGACAAGCUGAGAUUGAUUCUUCACUGGCGGAUCAAGAUCACGUUCGAGAACGAAGUUCACCUGCAUAUGAAAGGCUCUCGCGAUCCGUAUGAGCUGACAGGAACAGGUGCUGGCUUUGCCUUGUGUUGGCGAGGAAACCCUAGCAUUUCGAUAGGACAGCCCAACAAACAGGAUGAACUCAUACAAGUACAGAGUGACUCUAUGCUCAUCGUGAUACCGAACGUCCAGGACAAGUGGGGCGCGCAGCCAACAUCCGUAUCGUCAGCAACCUUUUCCACUUCCAAUCCGAAGAGGCUUCGUGAGGCCAAAGUCUGCGCCAAGCUGAGCUCCGGUGUUCGCUUCGGUAUCGGCUUUGUGCUUGAACGAGCCUGUGGACCUGAGUGUGCAACCUGCACCGGCAAGCCCUUCGAUCGCAAGUGUCGUAUGUUCUCGUUCCGCCCUCACUACGAGGUGAAGCUCGAAACGAAGGCAGUUGUGCCAGAGAUGAAGUCUGCGGCCGAUUCUUACAACGGAUUCCGGUCGGACUUCAUCCAUAUGUCCAUAUCCCUCGAGUCUGCUCUCCACGCGAAAGAGCAUUCUGGUCCACAAGCCAGCAGUCUUCACCUCUCUCCUGAAGUAUUCGAGCAGUUCUGGUCUUGGUAUCGGUUGUUCGACCAUGCAUUGUCACUACCCGUUCGGCAGGGCUCUCAUUACACCCGGAAACGGCCUGUCUCCCCCAAGUUUGGACAGCAUCUGGCGACCCUCAAGUAUCGAUUCGCCAUCUCUCAACUCUUCCUCUCUCACGUCUAUGUGGAUAAUUCAAGUGAUGCAUGGGCUGACGGCGUCACUCCCUUCGUUGGGGUCAAGGCUCUCAUUGAUCGCUUCCAGGCGGAUAUGCACCAGAGGGACCAAGAGAGCACUCGUAUGACAGACGAGGGACCUCAAGUCGUUCACCACAAGUCUUUCUAUGCCAUCGAAGUGGCGGCGAAGCAGUUGGAUCUUCGUACAAUGUUGGCUGUCUUCCCGGAUCCGCUGAAGCAACAGGUUCAGAUGAAUCUGUCGCCGCUGGUCAGUGAUUACAGAUCGAAAAUCAAGACAGAUCCCAUACCGACGGAUUCACCGUGGAUUGACCUUGACGACUUUGACGAUGCUCGCUCCUCGACUGCUACUCCACCCGAAGUGCAUCUGUUCCGCGCUGCCUACUGUCCUCAAUUCACGUACUUCAAGCGACCAAUAGACCCAGGACUUGUGCCGCAAGGCAAGGUUGUGGAGCGCAGCAAGUUCGGUACCGAGGAGACGCAUGUGUGCUACCUCGGUAAAGAGGCUUCUGUUACACAAACGCAGCUUGCUAUCACAGGUGCUCGUAUCAAGGAAUUGCAAGACAAAUUAAUUCAAAAGGCCGGUCGUAGCAUGGACAAUGGCUUCCUCAGUGUUCCGCGACCCAACACGCCACAUGCGGCGGAUACAACUGGCGACGAUGCAGAUGAUCUGCGGAAGAAGAUCAACCUCUUGAACAAAUACGUGUCUCACCUGCACAGGGCUGAUCUCUCAUCCAAUCCCCAUGCUUCUCAUGGCAUUCAUAGCUACCAGAUGCCUUCUGAAGCGGUGUCGUCAGAUGACUGGGCUCAGUUCGACAAUGUCUACCAGAUGCAUUCUCCCCAGAUCUUCCUAGACCACAUCAUCCGCGACGUCAUGAUGCAGUACUACUAUUGUUCUAGGGCCAAAAGGGGCAUCGAAUACCACAUGGCGACCCGCGCUGUGAAGUUCAUACGCGACCAGGCCCGAACUGCGCUUGUCGAUAUACUUCAAGAGAAGGACGAACACCGAGGACCAGUAGCCAGCGCGCAGGCUGCUGCUAUUGCAGUACGCAAUUUCCUAAUUGGAGAUCAUGCCUCGAGUCAUGCCGGAGACGACUCUCAAUAUCCACUGCUGGAUACACCGGGGCCUGUCGACCCACUCGAUGGGUGGUCCGACGGUGUCACUCUACGAAAGAGUCACUUCUGUCUUCUUCUCAAACCCCAGAUUGUGCUCCGGAGCGACACGGAAGCAGGGCUGGAUUCCGUGUGCAUCUUAGCCGCCGUCCAAGGAAAGCUCAGUUCCUUUGCCAUACUCGACGAGGCAAAUGCGGACGAUCCAGUCAGCGGCAAAGUGAUGACUCGGAAUUUUGCCUCCGUCUCAGGUCUGCAGGUAUUCUCCCCUUCUGCAACGAACACCUCUGGAGAAGGCUCUGUACCGCUUGAGGUGUUGAUCGACUUGCGCUGCGAGAAUAACGCGUUCGAUCGGCUAGUUCCUCAGACCGACGCGUCUUUCCAAUACGAUAAGUUCAAUAGGCUCCGUUUGCGCAAUGACGUGACGUCCAUCGCACGCACGAGCGAUGACAAGGACCGUCAGCACCACCAUUUACACAAUCAGACUGACUUGAUCAGGGUUCACGUCCCUCGCUUUACUGUGUCUGCCAACGAUCGACAUUUCCAGGCCAUAUCCAACAUCGUCACGAAUCUUGUGCUGUUCUCCAAUGCCGCAUCGAAAGAUCGGUCAGACAAGCUAGAGAAGAUGGUAUUCAGCUACGACUUCACGAACCUGGGAUCGGCUGCGGACGUCGUGGCAGACAUGCAAGCCCGUCUACGCCAUGCGUAUGAGACCAGACGUGAGGCGGUGCGCAAGCUUCGCGGUGCAGGAGAACAGGGCCAAGUGGAGAUAUACAAGAUCGACGCUCAUAUUAUGCUCCUCGCCGAGGAGCUCAACUUGACCUUCGAUGCGAUCAAGAUGGCUCAGGACAAGUCGACGGAACAUUCGGAGCAGAAGUCUGCACUGAUGCUCCAUGCGUCUUCGUCCGAUAUCUCGUGGAGAAUGAUAGAUAGACAUGAUCAGCUUCUCGCGAAGCUCGCCGUCCGCGACAUUCACUUCUACUGGCUGAGCAGGCAGGACAGCUCGCUCGUCAAUACACUGGUCGUCGGAGAUCUACAGGCCUUCGAUGGCGCUGCGGAUGCCGAAUGGACUGAGAUCCUGUCGAAACACGAGGAGCCCUCCACUCAUCCAUUGGUCAAGCGCAAGUUGUUCCUCCUGGCCGACUGGACAGUCCUCCCCGCAGUGGGCGGCAUUACAAUCUACGAGCGCUUUGAAGUCACUCUCCACCCCAUGCGGUUACAAAUCGACACGCGCAUCGGUCGCAGGAUCAUGGAAUACGUGUGGCCGGCACGUCGCGAGAGGCAGCAAACGGAGGACGAGAUCCAGACGUUCGAUACUCUCAUGGAGUCGCCGAUCACUGAAGAGCCUGUCGAUAUUGUUAUUAUACCUGAGAGCCCUAUGAGCCCACGACGUUCUUCGUGGGACGUAUCUCCGCGGACGCGCGAAGAUCACCAUAAAGCAGCGACAACCCCUCUACGUAAACUGGGAGCCUCGCGGUCUUUCACGGAUUUACGGAAGGCAAGGACAGAUUCUCUACUCCCACCUACUCCCACCUUGCACAAAACGCGUUCGACGGAAGGGUUGUCGCACGAAGCGCACCGCCCUACACGGCAGGCCUCGAAGUCAGGCAGUGAUGCGAAGGAUCGGACGCAUCCUGUGCGCAAGGGCAAGGACGUCGAUGAUGCCACCGAGAUGAAGACCCGAUCAUCACAGAAAACAUUCGUGUGGGUGAGAGUAAACAGCCUCCAUUUGCUGCUCAGUAUUGCGAAGGAGGACUCCUUCCUGUGCCGAGAUGCAAGGAUCCGGACAAGAGAUCUGGAGUAUCGCAACCAGACAUGGAGUUUCGAGGAGCUCGUGGAUCAGUUCAUCCCCAGCGGCCGCAACUGGCGCGGUUGGGUCAAGAUGGCCUUCCAGCAACCGCUGGUACCCGUUCUGCCCGUUGCCCGCGAGCUCAUAGCCAAAACGAAGUGGAUCAAGUCCUCGUCGCACAGCCACACCCCUGACACGGAGCACCGUUCGUCUACCCCGAGCCUCAUGCCCUUCCACGGGCGACACACCGCCACCGCCGGGUCAUCAUCAUCAUCCACAACCGCGUCCUCGAAGACCGCACCUUCCACGCCCGCCACGCCAACUAGCAGCACGACCGGCCCAGGUGGUCAUCCUCCAGCGGCGGACGGCAGCUCCGCACCUGGGGCACCGCCGAAGAGACGGCGCACGCGCUCGCUGUUCUCUUUGCACCGCAACCGCGUGUCGUCGCCCCCGCCGAUACCGCCAGUGCCGUCGAUGCCCAUAGUGGCGCCGGACCUCUCGUCGGAGCCGGAGCCCUUGCCAGAGCAGACUGACGCGUCUGCGGAGAAGCGGGCGCGGAGGCCGCGGGUGUUGAGCGUGUUCAAGCGGCGGCAGCAUUCCGCUGGUGUCAGGAGCAGCAUGGAGUCGGAUAUGUCUGCUGCUAGCAUGUCGUCGCGACCCUCGGGACACUCCCGGGCAGAGUCGAACACGACCGACGAGUCCUUCACGUAGCACCCUCCUGCACCCUCUUGCGCUAUCGUAUACCCUGGCGUUUUCACUGCUCCCAUCUACCCUCAUUACUUAAUGCUAUCGCUACUGCCUAUUCUACAUUCGCGCACAUGUUGUAUUAGCGUAUCGUUAUUUUAUCUGUAUUCAUCGACUAGUCGCGCCAGUAUUUAUCCAGAGAGCAAUGUAUAAUAUAAGCUUCGCACAGACGACC